AGCUUACUAACAAUCUUUAAACGUUUCAAAUAGUUGUAAUGAAAGCGAAGAAAGUGUGAAAAUUUUUAAAAUCAAAGUAAAACAAUGAAAGCAUUUGACACAUUAAUAGUUGCUUUGGUUUUGUGGUUUGCGUAUGAUCAUGAGCUUGUUGAUAGCAAAAUAACAUGCUCAAAGGAUGAAUACAUCGUUGAUACAAAUGGGACAGAAUCCUGUUUACAAUGCAAUCACUGUCCUCACGGCCAGGGCCUCUCUCCUCCUUGUGGUAGCAAAGUMAACCACCCUCCUCCAAUUGAUUGUGUUCCAUGUAUACYUGGAAAAACCUACUCAGAUGGACAYRACCCAAGUUCUUGYAAAAMCUGUCAUCUUUGUUCUGCAAAASAAAUAGUGAUAAGRAACUGUACARUUUMUGAKAAUACAAUAUGUUCCAAUACAUGUGAAGAGGGCUACUAUUAUGAGAACUUCACACAUGACUGUCAACCAUGUUCUGACUGCUGCAAUAAGGGCAAGGACGUAAGGAUCAUUCAAUGUAAAAGUAUGCCAUCAAACAAACAGUGCUCUGUACUUAGUACACGGCAGUGUAAACCAAAGCCCACCACAGCUGUAGUCACUGCUUAUCCUAGCGGAACAACAAGUGUACCUGAGAAACCUAGUGGUGCCAAGAGCAUUAGUACUGGAGGGAUUGCAGCUUCUAUUAUUGGAGUUGUUGUUGCUAUUAUUUUAGUUGUUGUACUCAUAUUUUACAAAAGAAGGAAGAAAACUAAAAGAAGAAAUAACAAUCUUAAUAUCACAAAUAACCCAGGAAACGAGGUAGCAAUGGAAGAUGGUGCUGGCAUUCAUUUACUUAACAACAAUGAACACUGUGACCUUGAUCAUCUACCAUGGAGUAUAACUAAUAAAUCACCAAAUGAAAUAUCAGAAGGACAAAGAAUUUUGUUAUCACUUACCUGUGAUAAUCAGAAUGRUGAUGUACAAGAAAACAAUAGAAAAUGCAACUUUGGUUUUAAAUGGAAGAAAGAUGGUGACAGUAUAUCAAAAAACAAUCACAAGAACUCUUCCAAGGAUCUUAGUAUUGAUGAUGUUGAGGUAGCUGAUUCUGGUCGAUAUUAUUGUGAAAUACAUUGUAUUAAACAUCAAGACCACAAAGAAAAUAGUCCCACCAUAGAAAUACAUGUUAAUCCUGGAGAAGGAAAAGGUACUACACCUACUACAGGUACUACGGAUACUACAUCUACUACAGAUACUACAGGUAUUACUGGUACUACACCUACUACACCUACCACGGGUACUACGGGUAUUACACCAACUACAUGUGCUGCACCUACACGGAUCACUAAAGGUGACACCGAACGAUGCAACACUACCACAACACACAACCCCAAGAUAGUGCCAAUUCGUGUGGUCAUACAUGAAGCAACAACCAAUAAUUUAACUUCUUGUUUCAAGGCUGUGCAGUUCGAAUUAGUAUAUUUGCUUAUUUUGCGCAAGUCUUUCAAAAGAAAAUUGAUUAUUUAUACAAACUGUGCUCAAGAUUGUCCCAAAGAUCAUUACUUCAUUGUUGAUAAAAAUAGAGAUAAAGUAGAAUGUUUACCAUGUGAGCAAUGCGUUGUUGGUCGUGGACUCACACCAUCUUGUGGAAUAAAGUUGACAGAAGCACAGCGAUCAAAUAUUAAAUGCAUCCCCUGUGAAGCAGGAAAAACGUACUCCGACGAACAUGAACCAAGUUCAUGUAAAUCUUGUCAGWUCUGUCCUGUAACACUGAAAAACUGCACAGCUGAAUCAAAUACCCAGUGUUCCAAAAACUGUGCAAGAGGACGUUAUUAUGAUAAUGCAACAUAUAAUUGUCAGCCAUGUUCUUAUUGCUGUARGAAAGAUAACAAGAGAAUAGCUGAGUGUGCAGGUCAACCAGUACAGUCACAAUGCUCUGUACAUGACUCACUGGAGUGCUCACCUAAAACAACAAAGAAUCCAAGUAGCACUAAUAAUGAUGAUGAUUCCACUGGUGAUGAUAAAGUGAAAAAGACACUUCAUAUUAUUAUUAUUACUCUAAGUGUAGUUGGAGGUAUUAUUUUAAUAAUUAUUGCAGGGGUUUUCUUUCUAAAGUGGCUCUUAAAACUUAGAAAGCAAAGAUCUGGUGGUUGUCCAACUGAACAAGUACCACUUGAAAACAGAAAUAAUGAUUGUGGAAUUAGCAAGGCAUCAUUUCUUAUAAUGGUAAAUCCUCCCUUAACUUCUGGAGAUGAGAUUCAAGAGGGUAAAGUGAUAUCAAUUAUUUGUAAGAAUCAGGGUAACACACAAGAUAAUUACUGCUUUGAUUACAUUUAUGAAUGGAAGAAAGAUAUGAUGGAUUAUCCUUGCCAUGGAGAAAAGAUUGAGUUUAAUAGUGUUCAAGUCAGAGACUUUGGAAAGUACACAUGUCAAGUGAAGUGCAGGCAGCAUCCUCUUCAACAAGGUGCUAAUGCCAUUGAAUUAGACCUGGAUGUUCUUCCUGGACUAAACAAAAGGUAUAAAAACUUCAAUGAAAUUAAUUCGCUUGAGUUAUGUGAUAAAAUUGCAGACAUGUUAACCUCUGUACCUCCUGGUAUUGGUGACUGGAAAAGAGUUGCUGAAAAAUAUGGCAUGGAGCCACUGAAAAUAAAUUCAUUAGAGGAAGUUGAUCGUAGAGGAAUGAAACUAAUUGAUUUUCUCCAAGCAUCCCAGACAAAACUCACUGUCUAUCAUUUCUGUAAAUUCAUGAAAAUAAUAAAACAGAAUCGAAUUGUGGAUUUGCUUGAGAAUCACCUCUGUUGUGAAGAACAAGAGAGAAGAAAAGUGGAUGCAAGAGACAGUGGAUAUGGUCAUGACYUUAAUGGAGAACCAUCAUCAUCUUCACAUGACAGAGUUCAUUUUCAUGAUAUGACAUAUCACRGAGUAGGGCCACAAAAAAAUCUUGGUCUUAAUGAUUCACGACAAGGCUCCAGUGAUAAGCUGGCAGAUAAUUUGYGUAAUGGUAAGGAAAAUCCUGAUGAAAGCAACAGGAAACUUGACAGACAGAUCAGCAAUCAGUCGGCUAGAAGUACAGGGUCAGGUUCUGCAUCCAAUUCAUUGAAGAAAGCAGUGACAUAUGUAAGACAACUCUCCAAAAACUCAGGAUACACGAAGCAUGAAAAUGAAGGUGGUGAUCCAUCAUGAGGUCAUCUUUAAAUCAACUUGAAAUGUAAGUUGCAGUGCCUCCUGGCAACAGUGCUUCCUGGCAACAGUGCUUCCUCUGUUGAAAUCCAUGACAGAGCUGGAUUGUAUGCAGCUGUUUCCUGGAAAAUACAUGACAUGCAGCCAGAUAUCCAUGACAAUGAGUGGCACUUUGAAUGCAAUGUGGAGACUGGYUUUGGUUUUCCUCCUGGCAAUGGCAGGUCAUUCCAGCCAGAAUACCCAUGACAAAGCAAAGACCUAAAUAAAUGCAGUGAUUAAACCUACACAGAGACUUUAACUGCAUGGACUGACAGAGAUGAAUCCCAACUAGCUGCUUUCUGGCAGCCUAASGACUGGUCAUUCAGCCAUGAAUUUGCUAAGAAUAUGAAGAAUUAGAAUAACACAACCAGUAUAUUACUUAGAAUUAGGUGGUUUUAAUGGCAAUAUGCGUAAGAAUAAUUCUAUACCUAAAAGUUUACUUAGUAUACUCAGUUAAAUGGAAGUUUAAAGCUAUAAUGCACCWUUGGGGGCAGCAAUUAGAUUAAUAACAAUAUUGUUCUUAUAUAAAAUUAAUUUUCCAGAUACCAUAUAACAAUUUCUAGUAGUUAGUUAUAAUUAUAGUAAAAUAGACUCAAGCAAAAACAAUUUUUAUGUUUCCUCAAGGAAUGUCCAAUAUUUAGGCAUCCAUUUGCUAGCCCAUUCACCAGCAGGCAUUCUUAUGUUAUUAUAUAUACAAACACUAACUCAUAAGGCAGGAGUAUAAAUAAUGUCUAUUUCAAAAAAAUUCCAGUGCAUAAGGCAAUGAAAUAACGCAGCUCCGACAGUCCAAUCUUGUCUUUUGAGCUAUAAGGGACAAAGAAAACAAAUUGUUUAUUACAUAUGCAAUUCAUUGUUUUACUUCCUUUUUGUCAUUUAAUUAAUGCUUUAUUAAGACUUAAAUUAAAGAUUAGUUAAAGCAACCUUGAAUAAAAAUAAUAAUUCUGCUACAWAUACCUGACUGGAAAUAUGUGUGGAAAGCACAGUGUUGAUUGUUUCUGGAUUUCCUGGUUGAUUUGUCUGGUGAUCAAAUCAUGAAACUCCUUGUUCACUCUAUCCAUCUUAGUCACAACAACCUAUCAUGAGACAAGAGAAAAAAAUCAUUGGACUUUUUUUACCUUAUACUCGUUGCAGGUAACACAAAAAUAGAAARUUUUAAUUUGAAAAUGACAAAAAUUCAAAGAAAUAGCCUCUUACAUGAAAUGAAGCAUUCAUUUCUUCAAGCAUCUCCACAGCAAUUAGGUCAUUGUUCUUAAUGCCAACUUUGCCAUCAAUUAGCAGACAAACACUUCUCAAUCUAAGAGUAGGAAUCAGAUCAAUGAAAAACGAUUACAACUUGUAAGAUGAAAAAACAGCACUUAGCUAGGUGAUUAUUGAAGCAUAUGGUCUUACUCUUUGCCUGUUCUUGCUUGCAAAUAUUUUUCAACAAUAUUAACAAAGUUUUGACUUCCUUGUCCUUGACCUUCAACGUAACCAUACCCUGGCAGAUCAACCAGGUAAAACUUUGAUCCCACAUUAAAAUAAUUAAUCAACCUUGUAUGACCCUGCAAAAACAAAAGAAAAAAAAAUCAGUUGUAGUGUUGGCUAUCUCAAUCUAGUUCCUACAUCUCUUUCCAUCAGUGAACUGUAUAAUCCACAGGAACAUGUAUGACUGCAAUAGCUCAAUAUUGUAACAAUUUUUUAUCAAUAAAACAGUAAACUAA